CGUAACGGCAAACAACCAAACGUAGAAGCGCUGAUUUUGAAUUGUUUGGCGCGUGCAGUGCAGAGGAGUGAAUAGGAACCGCCAUCGAUGGUUUUUAGACAAGGUUUGAGCUUGUGUUGGUCUUAAUCGGCAUGGCGGAGUCCACAAUGAAUCUCAAAAUGUCGUCUUCUCCUCCUCUCUUUGUCUCCUCGAAUCUGCCGCCCUUUCACUCGUUGCUCAUAACCCAUCACUCCUUUCACUUUUCCACGCCCCUUCUUCUUCUCCACCAUGACCUCCUCCCAACCACUUUCUCAGGGACCAUAUAUUCGUACCCGAGAGAAUCCUUACUUUGAUGGUCUAUUAGUAAAAGAUGGUUCUUUAACAGAAGAAUCUUCUAACUCUGACUUUGGAGACAUUUAUGAUCUCCAGAAGGUUUCCAGGUCUAGAUCAGAUAUUGGUGACUCAGGGCGCAAAAACCUUGAUUUGGAUAUAUCUGAAAAGCCUAUGGAACCAGCUUUUGGUGAUUCAAUCUCAGAUGCUAUUCUUCAACCAUUUAUCCGAGCAUCAAAUGAUAGUUGGUCAAAUGCUGUGAGGCCACCUGCAUCUGUCCUAUCAGACAUUCAGUCAGAGUCAAACUUUCAUUUGGAUAAUCCAAGUGAUUCAAUGAAAGACUCACUUGAUCAUUAUGUAUCUUCUCUGUUGGGAACUGAAAAAUCAUAUAAGGUUAUGAAAAAAAGAACCAGCUUGCCAAAAAUUCCACUUCCUCAGUCUGCAGCUUCAUUUUAUAAUGGAUAUUCACCACGAAUGGAAAUUGUAGAAUCCUGUGAAAGCAUUAACAGACUUAACUUUUUUCUCAAAUCGAGAAGGGAAGAGGUUGAUGCUGGUGUUCCAGGAAGGUUCCUUCAUGCUGUUAUUGGGCAAGACGUCCCUGAUGUUGGCUCUGUUGCUUCAGCAAUCAUGUAUGCCUUCUACUUGAAUGAAACACUUGAAAAUGAUCAGUUCUUUACUGUUCCUGUCAUCAACAUAAAGAGGACAGAGCUGAACUCACAUGCUGAAUUAAAAUGGUUGCUGGAUUCUUGUCAAAUUGAUCAGUCAUCCUUAAUCUUUAUUGAUGAGAUUGAUCUAUCAUAUUAUGACUUGUUCGGGAGUCUUAAGUUAGUUCUAUUAAAUGGUUCCAAGCUUCCGAGUAAACAAGAGGCACUAAAAGAAUCAGUCAUUGAAAUCUUUAACGGCAAAGAGGGCGAAGUUGCAUACCCUUGGGUUGAGAAAGUCACCGUGGGACAGGAGUGCUCAUCUUGUACACUUAUUGCUGAAAACUUUGCAAUGACGUCGCCUCAGAUUUUGGCAGGACAAGGAUUCAGCCGACUUUUGUUAGCUGGUAUUCUGUUAGACACUGGAAAUCUGUCAAGUCCUGAUUCUACGACCAAGGAUAAAUACAUGGCUACGUUGUUGCUCAAUGGAGCUGGUCGUUUUGGAUGCAAUGGCCUGUACCAGAUAUUGCGAUAUAAACUAUAUGAUGUGUCUGAGCUGAGAGUAGCUGAUAUUUUGGGAAAAGAUUUCAAGAAGUGGACAAGAGUAGGCAAGGCAGACAACUCUUGUUCAAGGUUAACGGUUGCACAUGUUGGUAUGAGUUCUAUUGGCAUUCCAGUGGAGCAGCUUCUUUCACAUGGCGAGGCCUCUACUAGGGAAAUAAAACAUUUUCUUCAAACGGAGAAACUUCGUCUGCUCAUGAUUGUUUCAGGAUAUUAUGAUCAACAGAAGAAUUUCAAGAGAGAGAUCCUAGUCUCAACUGAAUCUGUGGAGGUGAUGAAGAAUCUACUCUUCUUCUUCAAUUCCAAUGCUUCUCAACUGCCUUUCAAAGCUGUUCAUCAACCAGGGAUAGGGGAGGAGAUGAAGGCGUUCGAGAUUGAUAAGGUUACAUCAAGAAAGACAAUCGAGCGGCUUUUGGAACAGUUUGGCGGCCCCUUCAACCAACACCGACCUUAGUAAUUAUCAUCAUUUAUGUGCCUAAACAACAUCAUCAACAUGAAAGUAAAUGAAGAUUUUGAUGUAUGAUAGCUGCAAACAUAAUCAUAAUCAUGUUCAAGAGUGCACGCCUACAUUUAGAUUUGGAUUUUGGUUUCAUAUGUAAUUCUAUGUUCAAAUAUAUAUGUUUCAAUAUAUAUUUAAACAGUGCACAUUU